AUGAAGCGCACAACGUUUCUUCGACCAAAACCAAAAGUACCCAUCCUUAGAGGCGUUCCUCACAAGUUCUGCUCAAAACUUUGUGUACAUCGAGAGACCACCGAUGGCUGCAGUCUUUGGAUUGUUGGACAUUUUUAUCUGAUGAAUGGCUUCUCUUUUGUUGAAAUAACGGUUCAGGCUUUUGGACGCGACAAUAGAUUUUGCUCAUGUGUAUCCAACCUUUGUAGUCUCUGUGGGAGUGCUCUUCAAAGGAAAGGUAGACUUUGUUGGGGAUGCCAUGUGUUGGAAUACACACACACACACACAUUUUUUGCGCUUUCUGGUAUGAACUAA